UAUUUCCUCUCUUCCUUUUCAUACAUUGUCCAUUAACUGUUUGUGAAAUUGCCCCAACGACAACAAAGUGGUGCAAUUUAAUCUGGGAAUUCAUUGAAACUUUGAUUAGAGAGCAUAGUUGAGGUGUGGUGAAGAAUUUGUUGGAGGUGGUGGUGAGAGAGGACCUACCACACCACCCACCACCCUUCAACAUUCAUCACCAUUCCCUUUUAUAUAAUCUACCUCUCUGUAGGUGCAUCUUCCCAAGGAUUGUUGUCCCUUUGGGCUUGUUUCCAUUGCUUUACCUGAUCCUAAGGGUGGUGGACCUAUCACUGCUUCAACUGCAACUACCAUAGAUCUUUUCUGUUCACAAAUUAUCCCCUUAACCAAAUUCAUUAUUCAUUUACACAAGAGAAAAAGAGAUUCUUGUGAUAUGGGUCUUUGCAUCUAGACUUAUCUUAAUCAAUUUUUUUCCCUUCUUGUAUUGCCAAUUCUAUUUUCCAGGUGUCAGAAAACCUGGUAUCAGAUUUUGGUGCCCCCACCAUCUUUUGGUCCCUAGGUUCAACACCAUCAUAGGACCCAUUGCUGCAUAUUGAAUCUAUCAUUGAAUGACAGCUGGUUACCUUGUCUGUACGGUUGAGCUCCUUUUUGUUAUGGGAAGCCAAUAAGAAGAAGAAAACUGUUUCUAAAGUUAAAUCUUUUUUCCUUUGUUGCAUAUAAAACAUAACAGUGGUUCAAGCCUUCAAGUCAAGGCUAGUUUCACCCCAGUUCGUCGGUGUGCUUGCUUGUCAACCAUAUUUAUUCUGAUCAAAAUUUGGUUUGAGGAGGCCCACCAUUGGGUUUUUGGUGAGCUUUCUUUGAACCAAUUAAAACCCCAUCCUUGAAAGGUGUCUGAAUAUUCCAAAUUUGCUUCCAUUUGGGAUUAUAUAGUGAGGAGUUUUUCAUUUUUUUAAGCCAUUGCCUUUCCACAAUUGGCUUCUCCACUGAAUAGUCUUUGCUCUCUUAUCCAAAUUGCCAAAUUCAUAUUUGACACGUAAAAGAUUUCCACAUAUUCUAAUGUUACUUUACUUCAUUACUUGCUUCUCCUUCUUCCUGUUUUUAAAGUCUCUUCUUCUCAAACCACUCCCAUCAUGGGCAACUGAGAUGAGGUUGCUUUCCCUUUUGUUUUGUCAAGAGUUGUCAGUCUCCAAGUUGUUUUGGAAUCUCCCUUGGCUUGGUUUUCAUUGUCAAAUUCCUUCAAGAAUGUCUCUUAUGAAGAAGAGUCUGAGCUCAAGAGUAGAGAAUGAUGAUCAAGAAGACAGCCAGGACUUGUCAGUGUUGGACUUGCCUGACCUGGCCUUGGAGUGCAUUCUUGAGAGGCUACCUCCCUCUGCACUGUGUCAAAUGGCUGGCGUUUGCCGUUCCUUGAGGGAGAGUUGUGUGAGUGAUCACCUGUGGGAGAGGCACAUGAAGCAGAAAUGGGGUAAAGUUAUUGGUCCAGCUGCAUACAGGGAGUGGAAAUGGCAUGUUGCUUCAACAAGGAAUGUUGGGGGUCUUAAACAUGGGAAGCAGAGAGGCUUGAUGAGAUUUCUUUCUCUUCGUUGGCCUUUUCCAUGGAUGAAAUUAAAGGGUGAUCCAAAUGUCAGAAGCAAGCAGGGGAGUUUUUCACCUGUUGAUUCUGUCAUGAGCUGGUAUCUUGCUCUUGAGACAGGCAAUUUCUGGUUUCCUGGUCAGGUCUAUAACCGUGAGAAUGGUCAUGUUGGAUUCAUGUUAUCUUGCUAUGAUGCUGAGGUGAGCUAUGAUUCACGAACCGAUACCUUCCAAGCCAGAUAUCCUCCGCAUGGAAGAAGGACAGAUGCUAGAGAGUGUGGCAUCCCAUGGGAAAGGAUAAGAGCACCUCCUGUUGAUACCUCGCCUCAUGAUCUUCAUAUCUCUGGCUGUUUACAUGAUUUGCAUCCGGGUGAUCACAUAGAGAUUCAGUGGAGGAGAAAUAAAGAAUUUCCUUAUGGUUGGUGGUAUGGUGUUGUGGGCCACUUGGAGUCCUGCAAUGGAGAUGAAAAUUAUUGCCGCUGUCAUAGUAAUGACACAGUGGUGCUAGAAUUCAAUCACUACACUCCUGGCUCGCGAUGGAGACAAACCACUGUCAGUAGGAAAGACCAUAGAGAGGAGGGAAAUGAGGCUGAUGGCUUUUAUGGGGGAAUAAGAAAGAUUAAGAGUGAAUCUGAGAUUUCCAUUUGGAAACGCCUUUGGCCAUCUGAAGUCUUGGAUUAGUAGGCACUGGAUCUGGUCAAAUUCUCCACUUAGCAUGAUAUCAAAUAGCUGAUUCGCUUCCGUAUCAAGUUCUCCAACGAUGUAAAUUACUCAUUGUUUAUGCACAAAUGAUGUAGGAUAUUUAUUCCACUACAUAUAAAAUCUAGCUAUGUUAAAUUAGUAGUUUUUGCUCUCGUAGCUAUAUACAUUUCUAUCCUAAUGAAUGAAGAUGCUCACUCUCUUAGGCUA